CGCGGCGACAACUCGACGCGCGCGAUGAGCGGCCCGACGAUCGACGGCGACUUGUGCGCGUCCAGGCUCAGGGCCAUGCGCGCGUCCUGGACCGCGAACGCGGAGCCGAUGUGGGCGAACGCGACCGCGUGCCUCCUGGGCACGGGCUCGAACAAGGAGGACGACCUUCGGUACCUCAAGUCCGCGUCCAUGCAGAUCUGGCUAUUCCAGUACGAGCUCCCGGACACGCUCAUGCUCUUCACGAAGGACGAGCUGCACGUCGUGACGGGCGGGAAGAAGGCGACGCUCGUGUCAUCCGUCGCGGAGAAGGUGCUCGCGGACGCGAACGUCACCGUGGUCGUGCACGUCAAGCCCAAGGGCGAGGACGGGAAGACGCAGGUGGACGAGGUCGUGGAUCUCAUCGCGGAGAGAGGCCUGAUCGUCGGCGCGGUGGCGAAGGAGGCGGAGGAGGGCGCGCUCGUGACGCACGCGCACGCGCGACUGAAGGAGAAGGGCGUGAAGAUCGUCGAGGUGGCCGCCGGGCUCGCGGACGCGAUGAGCGUGCGCGACGCCACCGAGGCGACGACGAUGAAGAAAGCCGCGUCGCUCGCGGCGAAAGCGAUGCGUUGGUGCGUGGAUACCAUCGAGGGCGUCGUGAACGACGAGACGAAGAUCUCGCACGCGAAGCUCUCGGAGCAGUGCGAGGACGUCAUCCUCGAGCCGUCGAAGCUCGGGAUGAAAGACGUCGAGGCGGAGGACGUGGACAUCUGCUACCCGCCGAUCCUGCAGUCGGGCGGCGAAUACGAGCUCAAGCUGAGCGCGCAGAGCAGCGAUAAGAAGCUCCACUACGGCGUGGUGACCAUCUCCCUCGGCGCGCGCGUGAUGCAGUACUGCGCGAACGUCGCGCGGACGCUGAUGAUCGACCCGACGAAGGCGAUGGAGGACGUGUACGCGGCGGCGCUCGCCGCGCAGGAAGCCGCGUUGAAGGCGCUCGUGGACGGCGCGGACCUCGCGGCGCCGCACGACGCGGCGAAGGCGGCGCUGAUCGCCGCGAACCCGAACGGCAUGGGCGAGCAGCUCGCGGCGAAGCUCGGGAAGACGAUCGGGACCGCGAUCGGGUUGGAGCUCCGCGAGAGCUCCAUGACGCUCGGGCCGAAGUCGCGCGGCGCGCCGCAAAAGAUUAAAGCCGGGCAGUGCUACAACGUCCAGAUCGCGCUCAACGGCCUCGCGAACGCGGACGCGAAGGAGGGCAGCAAGUCCGCGACGUACGCGAUACUCAUCGCGGACACCGCGGCGGUCGCGAAGGACGGCGCCGCCGCGGACGUGAUGACGAAAGCGACGACGAAGGCGCUGAAGGACAUCGCGUACCAAAUCAACGACUCCGCGGAGGAGGAGGAGGAGGAGGCGGCGGCGGCGAACAAAAAGCAAGCCAAAGCCGCGCGCGUGGAAGAAGGCGGCGUCGUCAUGGACGCGAAGACCAGAGGCGAGGAAGGCGGCCCCACGGACGAGGACGCGCGCCGAAGGAAGCAAGCCGCGCUCGCGGACAAGAAGAACCAAGAGACGUACGCGCGCCUCGUCGGCGCGAAGAACGCGAUGGCGUCGGGCGGCAAAGGCGGCGCGACGGCUGAUUUCGUCGCCUACGAGUCCAUGGCUGACGUCCCCGUGCCUCGAGGCGCGGACCCGGUGCUCGCGGUCGACCGCGACAACGAGACCGUGCUGCUUCCGAUCCACGGCGGGCUCGUCCCGUUCCACAUCAUGGCCGUGAAGAGCGUGAGCGUGACGCAGGAUGGCGGUCGGUCGUUCGUGAGGAUCAACUUCAACGCGCCCACCGCGCCGGGGGCGAUCGCGGCGAACAGCACGUACCCGGCGAACAUGAAGUUCCCGGACCUGACCUUCCUCCGCGAGAUUUCGUACCGCAGCAGCGACACGAAGCAUGCCAACUACAUCGUCCAGGAGAUGCGCGCGCUGAAGCGGACGGUGUCGCAGCGCGAGACGGAAAAAGCCGAACGCGCGACGCUCGUGCGACAGGAGCGGCUCGUGCUGUCCCACGGCCGCGUGCACCGCCUCGUCGGCCUGUGGAUGCUGCCGACGUUCGGAGGAAGAGGAGGGCGCAAGGCGGGGACGCUCGAGGCGCACACGAACGGUCUGCGGUACGUCGGCGCCAAGGCGGACGAGCAGGUGGACAUCAUCUACUCCAACGUCAAGUUUGCGUUUUUCCAACCCGCGAAGAAGGAGAUCAAGACGUUGAUUCACUUCCACCUGCACAACCCGAUCAUGAUCGGCAAGAAGAAGACGCACGACGUGCAGUUUUACAUGGAGAUCAUGGAGGCGGUGCAGAGCCUCGACGGCGGGCGACGGAACAUGUACGACCCGGACGAGAUCGAGGAGGAACAACGCGACCGCGAACGCGAGAAACGGAUUCACAAGGAGUUCAGCGGGUUCUGCCGCAAGGUGCAGGACAUCUGGGAGAAGGACUUCCCGCAGCUCAACCUGGAGUUCGACUCGCCGUACCACGACCUCGCGUUCGACGGCGUCCCGUUCAAGAGCACGGUGCGGAUCCUGCCCACGGCGACGUGCCUCGUGGAGCUCACCGAGUUCCCGCCGCUCGUGGUGUCGUCGAGCGACAUCGAAGUCGUGAACCUCGAGCGCGUCGGGUUCCACCUGAAGAACUUCGACAUGGCGAUCGUGUUCAAAGACUUCACGAAGGACGUCCAUCGCAUCGACCAGAUCCCGGUGCAGAACCUCGACAACAUCAAGCAGUGGCUCGGAACGCUCGACAUCAAGUACUACGAGGGCAAGGCGAACUUGAACUGGAAGCCGCUUCUGAAGCAGAUCAAGGAGGACCCGGACGAUUGGCUCCAGGCUGGCGGAUGGGAGUUCUUGAACAACGAGGUCGAGGACGACGACGACGAGGACGGCGAGGGGGGCGAAGAGAGCGAGUCCGACUUCGCCCCGAGCGAGUCCGAGGAGGAGUCCGAGGAGGAGUCCGAGAGCGAGUCCGUGGAGGAGAGCGACGACGACGACGAAGAGUACGACGAGGACUCCGAGGACGAGGGCAUGGACUGGGACGAGCUCGAGGAAGAGGCCAUGGCCGCGGACGAGGAAGCUUCCGACGGCGACGACGACAGGAAGCGGAAGAAGGGCGGCGGCGGCGGCGGCGGGAAGAAGCAGCGGCGAUGAGACGAACGAUUGUCGUGCUGGGCUGGGGGGAUUGGAUUUUCGAACGCGAAGACGGUGAGGCGACGCGACGCGACGCGAACGCCACGCGUCCGAACCGCGCGCGACUGAAAACGGAACGCGACGAAACGAUUCUUAUUAUAAAGCUACCGUCGUCGUC